AUGUCACGUCUAUUCCAAUUGCAAGAGAACUGUCUGCGCCUGAUGGGCCACAACAUUGAGAGUUCCGGCGAUGGAUUUAAACAUUUGAGCCUGAAGCAUAUUGCGUCUCUGCUCUUUGUGAUAUCGGCUGUGUAUCCGCUACUUUAUUAUGUCAUUUAUAAUCGGGAUGACAUGGAGCUGAUUACGGCCGGUCUGAGUGUCGUGUUCACCAACUUGCUGACUGUCAUCAAGAUUUCGACGUUUCUUGUCUACAAGCAAAACUUUUGGCAAAUGCUGCACAGCUUCAGGCAACUCUAUUUGAAAUCCCAUCAAAAGGUGGCAGAAGAAGAUGGAGAUGAUACCGCCUACUUGGUGCAGGCCAAUAAAUUGGCCACAAAUCUCGGCCGGGCUUAUUGCAUUUCAUGCGGCUUCACCGGUCUCUACUUUAUGCUCGGACCCAUCGUCAAGAUUAUCAGCAGCAGUUGGCGUGGAGUGGUCUACGCUAGAGAGCUGCCAAUGCCCAUGAAAUUUCCCUUCAAUGAUGUGAACACUCCCGGCUAUGAGGUUGGCUUUAUUUAUACGAUGUUUGUAACGAUUGUUGUGGUCCUCUACGCCUCGGCAGUUGACGGUCUCUUUAUAUCUUUUGCCAUUAAUCUGCGAGCGCAUUUCCAGACGCUGCAGCAGGAAAUUCGUGAAUUGACCUUUGACCAGGCGGGACAUCAACAACAACUGGUCAAAGCGGUGGAUUACCAUGUGCACAUUCUCAGUUUGUCCAAGCGGCUAAGAGUCAUCUACACUCCAAUUGUAUUUGGACAGUUCUUCAUUACCUCACUGCAGGUGGGCGUUAUCAUCUAUCAGAUUGUAACGCACAUGAACUCAAUUAUGGCGUUGCUCGUUUACUUAUCAUUUUUGUUUUCCAUAAUGUUGCAACUGUUUAUGUACUGCUAUGGAGGCGAAAUCAUCAAAGUUGAGAGUUUGCAGGUUGGCAUUGCUGUCCAAACAUGCAACUGGCAUUUGGCUGCACCCAAGCAGCGGCGUUCUCUGGUUUUCAUUAUGCAUCGUUCCCAGCGGCAGAUGCUCAUCAAGGCAGGCUUCUAUGAAGCUUCAUUGGCCAAUUUUCUAUCGAUCUGUCGUGCUGCAAUGUCGUUUAUAACACUUAUUCAGUCUAUUGAGUAA